AGGCCCAAAACAGCAACAACUCAGCGUGUACGGCAUUCUGCCCUCGGUAGGCCUCGGAAGCGGGCGCGCGUGCAUAUGUACGGAAUCGGCGGUUUCAGUGUUAGAAGAAACUUAAGGCCGCGGUUGGAACGAACGGCCGAAAGUGGCGAACUUUCUUCAUUCAGAGUGUCACAGUGCGACGGUGCUAGAACUACGCGGUGCCUGUGAAGCUGGCGCAUUUCCCGUGCUGUAACAGAGGAUAGCAGCAGUGUCACGGGGGUGUCCUAGAAAGUCGUGUGAACCUCGGAACGAAACGGUCGUAUCUCGGUACUACACGCUAAUGAACCGUGGGACGAGGAGCCAAUUCCAGAGCAAGAUUGCAUAACAGUUGUCAAUUCGAAAUCUACCAAAUUUUACAGUAGUUAUUCAGCGAGAUCAAUAGUUACGUGAAUUUUUAUAGUCUUAUCUGUGAUCCAAGAUUUUUUGUCUGCGAACAAUUAUUUUACAAGCAUCAACAGUCCAACUCAGUGUCAUAAAAAUUUUAUCUUAACGUGAAGUGAGCAGAAAUAUUGUACGACACGACAGUCUAUUUUCGGUGCGGUUUGUUAUUCCGAAGCGUAGGCCUGGCUCCAGUCGUGUAUCACCUUGAUUCGCAAUCAACGACGAUCAACCCAGUGCUGCACGUGUAGUAGUAGUGAGUAAAUCCCACAGAAGAGUGUCGUCGAGAUCGUUUGCGCGACCGAGUGGGAUCAAUCUGAUUUACAAUCUGUUCCGAAGCUAUUCAGCGCCAUCAACGAUAAAGUGCUUGAUCUCGACGUUCGACGAAAAAGAAAAAAAAAACGCGAAAUAUUUGAGUGCGAGUGCCCUCAAAAGUGCAUAUUCGAAAACCAAAGGUGCCUCGUUCCAGUGCUUACAUACCUACAAAUGAGUGCGAGUGAGUGGAUUUGCUAAUUGAAACAAACGGAAUCAAAGUCAGCUAAUAUUGAAGGUGUUCCUUAACUCCGCGAGAAGAGCAAUCAAAAGUGAAUAGCCAUUUCACGCAACCAUAAUGCGACAAAAUGCCAAUAUAGUAGUGUCACUGUAGUGUUUGUUUGUUGCCUUUAACGAAGCAAUCAGUGGAAAUCCAUUUCGCGUGUCCUUCGACAGGGCGCAGUACGGUGCAGUUUCACACCCUGAGCGGUGAAAUAUGUACGAAGUGGCAACCAUCGCCGGCAACAAACUAGACGCAGCAUACGCCAUCGAAACUCUUUCGAACAUCAUGGGUCAAAUUUCGAGUAGCGCUACGGCAACCAACAACGGUCACCAUCACGGCACUCGCAACGGAAAGAAAAUCUACCAUCGCCAUUCGUCGGUUCAACCGGCGCUGGCCAACAUCAAACUGCUUAAAAAGGAAAGUUCCUUCAACGCUAAGGAUUACCACAUCAAGGAUCCGCUCUACAAAGCCCGAACCGAGAGCAAAAACAUCGAUCAGCUAGUGCAGGUGGCCAACGGUCAGAGCCUAACGGCGCCCACAGUCAGCGCAGCGACCACACUCAGCAACGAUCUGAAUCUCAGUAGGGAUGGAACGAUCAAGGAUUCCAGUACCGUUUUCAGUUCAACCAGCAGCAAGGAGUUCUUCAAAUCGGGCGAAGCCUACCACAAGACUGAUGUAUGUUACUACCGAACGCAGGACAAUGGUUACCACAAAUUGCCAUCCGAUUCGUAUCACAAGAUGACCGAAGGGUGCUAUGUCAAGCUACCGGAUGGUAGCUUUCGAAAACUAGACGAUAAGGUAAACUCCCCGGAUGCCAAUGCCGUUCUCGGCAGCGAAAAAUCGGACCACAGCAGCACCACCGUUACCGGCCGGAAUGACGAUUCCGCCGUUCAGUACCGGGUCAAGAACCCGAUGAUGAAGUUUCUCAAACGUUCCAAAUCCCACACACCUGCCACCAUCGCACAGCUACAGAAGGAGAAGGAAAAGAAUCGCCUUAGUACAACAAUUCAAUCGCCGGUCACAGCCGUGCUGGACGCAGGACGUCCGCCGGUGUCCCACCAGCAACAGCAGCAGGUUCUGCUGUCGCAUCAAUCUCAUCACCAGCAGCAACAGCAACAGCAACAUUCGCAGCAGCAAAACCACAGCCACACCGAUCAAACGAAAUCUCAACAUUCCAGCGGUGGCGGUACUCACCAAUCGCACGCACAUCACCACCAACCGCAACCGAACCAAAACCGCCGGGUCAUGGUAACCAUGAUCGACGGUGGGCUACCGGUUGUAGCCAAGAGCAAACCCAUCCACGAUAAGCCAAAAAGUGCCAAAACCCGAGUCCAGGAUGCCAGCAGAGAUAAGGGAUCACCAAACAUGCAGAUGCGUGGAACCGGAGCCCGGUGGCGACCGGCCGAGGAGCACAUCGGCAAGUACAAACUGCUGAAAACUAUCGGCAAGGGAAACUUCGCCAAGGUGAAACUGGCGAAACACGUGCCCACCUCCAAGGAGGUGGCGAUCAAGAUCAUCGACAAGACACAGCUGAAUGCGUCGUCCCUGCAGAAACUUUAUCGGGAAGUCCGAAUAAUGAAACUGCUGGACCACCCGAACAUCGUCAAGCUGUUCCAGGUGAUCGAAACCGAGAAGACGCUGUACUUGGUGAUGGAGUACGCAUCCGGUGGGGAAGUGUUCGAUUAUCUGGUGCUACACGGACGGAUGAAGGAAAAGGAGGCGCGAGCCAAGUUCCGUCAAAUCGUAUCUGCUGUUCAGUACUGCCACCAAAAACGAAUUAUACACAGAGAUUUGAAGGCGGAAAAUCUACUGCUCGACAGCGAAAUGAACAUCAAAAUUGCCGAUUUUGGUUUCUCGAACCAAUUCACACCCGGUUCCAAAUUGGAUACGUUUUGUGGGUCACCACCAUACGCGGCACCAGAGCUUUUCCAAGGCCGAAAAUACGACGGUCCCGAGGUGGACGUGUGGUCGCUCGGUGUCAUCCUGUACACACUGGUCAGUGGGUCAUUGCCGUUCGACGGUGCCACACUACGAGAACUGAGGGAACGUGUGCUGCGGGGAAAAUAUAGAAUUCCCUUCUACAUGUCCACCGACUGCGAAAACCUGCUAAAGAAAUUCCUCGUUCUCAACCCUGCUAAACGAGCCAGCCUCGAGUCCAUCAUGAAGGACAAAUGGAUGAACAUGGGCUACGAAGACGACGAGCUGAUACCAUACGUCGAACCUAAGCCCGAUCUGAAAGAUCAGAAACGGAUAGGUAAGACGGAAGCGCUAGUUGCAAUGGGCUACAAUAGGCAAGAUAUAGAAGAAUCAUUGACAUUCACACGAUACGAUGACGUUUUUGCAACUUACCUACUACUCGGAAGAAAGAGCACGGAUCCCGAGUCCGACGGCUCCCGGUCCGGAUCGUCACUGUCACUACGUAAUAUCGCUGGCAAUGAGGGUGCCGCCGCAGGUAAUUCGCAAGUGCAAAGUCCCACGCAUCGAGGCGUGCACCGGAGUAUAUCGGCAUCCAGUACAAAACCGAGCAGACGGGCCUCAAGUGGCGGUGAAACCUUACAGAUUUUCCAACGCUUCAUUGCAGGUGUGGGACCGGCGGCUGCGGUUGCCGCAGCUGCAGCAGCAGCCGGCACCGGAACAGGCACGGGUGGUGGCAACGUGCCCGGGUCUAAUGCUACCGGUGCCACCGUCGGCACCGGAAGCGGCGCGGCAGCGGUGAACAGUAACGCCAGCACCAACAAUCACAGCUCGGGAACUAGCAGCGGCACUUCGGAACGGACGUCAGUUAGCAGUAAUUUCAAACGACAGAACACUAUCGACUCCGCCACCAUAAAGGAGAAUACGGCUCGACUAGCUGCACAAAAUCAGAGGCCCGCAUCGAGCAUAACCAAACCGAUUACAUCGGCGGAUAACUCAUCGAUCUCCAGCCCGGUCAAGCCUCGUACCACCGGUACUACCAGCAAUAAAUUCGACCCGAGCAAUGGCUCCCGAACGGUUGGUCCCAGCGCCGGUAUGAUGCCAAGACGGUCUACCACACUGUAUGAGAAGACAUCUUCAACGGAAAAGACAAACUCCACCGCGGACUCAGCCUUCAUUGGCCCGAUACCGGAAUUUACCCGUGGCACCUCGGCCGGAGCUACAACCGGUGGUAAAGGUCACGUGAAGAGUGCGUCCGUAUCGAGCCCGGGACCGUCGGUCGACAGUAGUGUCAGCAGCGCCGCCACAACCGAUCCCCUCCGUCAAAGCAUGGUGAAUCGCAAUAGUCUUACACCAGCCGUUAAUUCUUCCAGACAACCGGUUGCAUUUCCCAGGAAUGUUCCAUCGCGAUCGACUUUCCACUCGGGCCAAACCAGAUCCAGAAACAGCACGGCAUACUCCGGAGCCGGAGGCAACGUUGGCGACUCGCCCCACACUGGCAAGACUUUCCUGCAAAGACUUACUACCAGAUUCAGCAAACGGCCCAACGAAGGCCAACCAAAUACUUCAUCAAAUAGCAGUGGCUCGAACGCGGAGGAACCGGUGAAACCUCGCGUGCUGCGUUUCACCUGGUCGAUGAAGACCACAUCCCCGAGGCUACCGGACGAGAUUAUGGCAGAGAUACGGUCCGUUCUGGAUAAGAACAAUUGUGAUUACGAACAGCGGGAGAGAUUUGUUCUACUGUGUGUACACGGUGAUCCCAACACGGACUCGUUGGUGCAAUGGGAGAUCGAAGUCUGCAAGCUGCCGCGGUUGUCCCUCAACGGUGUGCGGUUCAAGAGAAUAUCAGGCACUAGCAUCGGCUUCAAGAACAUUGCCUCGAAGAUCGCGUACGAUCUACGCCUGUGACUCGAUACAAAAUCGGAAGAAUACCAUCCGGUCGGCAGCGAUGCCCCAGAUGGUAGUGAUAGGGACGAUGGAGAUGAUGGCGGUGGUGAUGGUGACCAUGGAAACGGUGGAAAUGGGAGUGGCACUGGAAACAACAGCAACAACAAUUAUACCUUCAACAAUAACAACAAUCGCAGCAGCAACGGUGGCAGUGGCAAUCGAGGUGACUCGACUGUAUCGGGUGACAAUGGAGGUAAAGAACUCGAACCCGGUGUUGACCGGAAAGUUUCGCUCGGUACCAAGACCGUAACCAACACUGCCAGCUUGGUAUCCGAUCAUGGAGAUGAUUUUAGUACUACAAAUGCUAGUACAUUCAUGAAAACGACAAUGGCGACUAGGACGGUCCUAUCGAAUGACACGUACGGCGGGCCCCGUGUAAUCCAUUAUCAACCUGAUGUGUGGCAGUGCAACUCGAAUGCAGAGGAGAAGGGCCCUGCCGCUACAGGCGGAACAGAUGGGAGUGACAUAGUGGGAUAUAACAACAUAUUCGCUUCAUUGCUAAGAACAACUACACUUUGAAAUGGGUAACUAAUGUUGCAUGUAAUACAGUGAUGUUCAUGUUAUUGUGCGAAAAAAAUGAUUAGGCUCGUUGAAGGUACAUAAAUAUUAUUGAGGUGGAAUCCAGUUUUUAUACCAGUUGUUCAAGAUUGUACGCAUAUUAGACAUCAUAAACGUAAACAUUUACUGAACCACUAGAACCGUUACAGAUAGUAUUCUCGUUGAAGACUAAUAAAAAUAUUUAAAGAACAGAAAAAAAUUGAACACAUUGUAUUGCGGAAAUAAGAAAUUUAAUCUUCGAUUGAGCAGUAGACAAAGGACUAAGGUUUUUUCUUAAAGUUCUGUCAGCCUGACACGUGUUUUCGACUUAAGUCAAGCUUGUUUGGCUUAUGAUUACCGCGAAACCGAGUAAUUAUUACUUAUCCCAAGGUUUAAGAAGUUUUUCUAAAACUAACAACGUAGAGGGAAGCUGUAUUUAGUGGUAUUUGAUGAUUUUAAAUUGAUGUAACUGUAAGGAAGAUCCAGAUUUAGAAAAAUUUUACCAUCGGUAACACUUAAGAAACUAUUAAGGCUGCUGCUCAAAACAUACAACAUAUUAUCAAAACAUUAAAAAAAACGGUAGUUGCACAGUACCCAGUUUCAAUGUUAUUAACUAUAUACAAAUUGACUGCGAGGAAUAAAAGCAUUAACUGAAAUUGCCUUUCAACAACAGCAAAAACAAACAAAACUAUACCACUACCGUCUUGCAAAUAUUUCCACUUUGCGAAUCAUUUCCCUUCUGAGCAUCCAAUAUGUGUGUAGAAAACGAAUGAAACAAGUAUUUCCAGUUCUAAAUUUAAAAUAAACAAACGGAUUUCAUUCGAUGGUUUAAAGAAGAUACCACAGACUGUUACUGCUGAAGAGAUUUUUUUUUUGAAGCGCAGUGCAAGAAAGGUGUGUUAAGUACAGGACAUAAAACUUAUCGAAGUAGUUGUUUCGCCCCUCUUUGCCACGAGUAGUUAGGCCGAAGUCAUCCGAUUUCAUCACUCACACCUCUAUUGGUUAGCCAAUGUCAACACGUAGCUAGCGCCGCUGCUGGAAUUCAUCUUUGCGUCAUCGCUUUUCCAUUUCCGGGAUAGCGAAGCAGCAGAAGAGUUAGUGUCCGUAGCAAUUAGAAUAAGGCUAGAUUUUUUUUUCUUCUAGUAUGAUUGAGAUGCAUGAAUUGCGGCUGCCUGGAUAUGAAUGUACGGGAAGAUUAACAUAAUUAACGAGAUAAUAUAUAAACAAUAUAAAAUCAGAGAUCAUUUCUUUGUACUAGUGUAGCUAUGAAAAGGUUAGUAUGUAUAAUAAUACGCAAUAGUUUUUCAUCUCAUUCACUAAUUUUUUCCCUUCUGUUCAUUAAAUGUUGAUAUCUGUUUUUCAUCGUUGACCAAAAAUUGGACACCCCAUAACCACAGGUGGCUUCUGAUGUUCCGCGCAAACAGCAGUCAAAUACACUCUUAUCUUUGUUAUGAAGCAUGACAAUUUCGGAUGGCAUUUCAAAUUUGAGAAAUGUUACUAAUCGAUUUAUUCUUGGAUACUAAAGUAAACCAAUGCUAUUAACAAUGUUACUUCUUACUGUUUGUAAAACAUUUUUAAGUAGCGAAAUACAGUUGUAUUUGCUUUCGUCAAAAAAUCUUCGAACGCGAAUCAAUUCGGACGCGAAUUGAUUACGAAGUUUGCACUAGCGUUCUCAAAUUUACAACUAAUGAAUUUUUAAUUGCAUCUUGCAUGUUAAGAAGCUAAUCAAUUUUAAGGUUAUAAUGGAAAAUUUUUCUUUAUAAUCAUUCGAUUAUAAAGAAAUGGGAAGGCAAACAUGUUUCAAAACAGCUAAAGUUUUUCCCUACAAAGCAUGUAAAAAUAUGUCCACUUUGGAUGUCCGAUGGUGAUGCUACCAUAUCGAUCAAUGGAACAUUGAAGGUUGGAUUGAAAGAUAUGUCACUUCGUUUUUUUUUUGUCGAACCUAAGAAAGCAACUCGUUUGUUUAGACUGGUAUAUCAGUUCAAUGCUUACUCAGUCUAGCUUCGGUUUUUGUUAGCUGGACAAAUGACGUCUAGAGGUUAGUUUUUGCUUCGCAUUAUCAUCAACUUUAGAGAAAAUGAAUAAAAACCAGUCAUCAAUAGCAAGUCAUUUAUUCACUAACACACACACACAUGAAAAGUAUGAAUGUAUGUAAAUCUCAUUAAUCGUUAGGAUGAUUAUAAUCAAAACAAAAAGCCGAAAGGAUUGAUUUAUGAAAUGGUAAUACAAUUUAUGAAUAAAAGAAGAAAAUCUGGCAAAAACAAAAAAAAAAACGUAAUAAUUCGAAAGAACAGUUGCUAAAAACUUACUAUUUAUUUUUUAAAGUAAUAACAAAAGUGAAACACAAAUCAGAUCUGUACAUUGAGCGAACAUUGUUAAAUACAGUAGAAACAAAAAUAAAAUAUACUUAUUGUAAACGCUAUGCCACAAGUAUGAUUAGCAAACAAAUGUGGGAAAAUAAUUAAAUAACUGAUAUCCCUGAACGUUAAACAAAAAGUGAUAGGACAUCCCCCGUACGACGAGAUAAAAUCAUGGAAAUUAUGCAUAAAAAAAGCGAAAUUAGAAUAUUACAUAAUUAUUAUGGAAAAACUAUAUAUAUUAAAAAAAGCUAGUUAUUGUUAGACUACAAAAGGACAAACAUUUAAGCGUAGAAAAAUACACGGACGUAAAAAACACAACCCUAACAAGGCCACAGUUAUACACAUUUUCCCAUCUUCAUACGCAGCUAGGAAGUCCAGACUAACGAAACAUUUUGAUGUGAACAAUCGGUUCCCCAGAUAGAGCUGUGAGUACAUUUAAAUUAUUAGCGCCAAUCUCCAGCCACAUUAGACACAAAGAUUUUCCAAUGCAAAAUGCACUUCAAUAGAAACAGUACUAUCUGGGUGACGUGUCGCUUCCGGUUUUCCAAGACCUCAAGAAGAAUUAGUCGAUCAGUUUGUCACUAGACAUGGGCAAUUGUAGAGCAAGUCUCAUUUGUAUAUAUACAAUAACUAAUGGAGGGGAGGCUUGCUUGAAUUAUGUGGGGGACAUAAGAAGAGAUCGAACCCUAGGUGUAAAGCGUUUUAAGUGUUAACGAACCCUUCUUUCGGUUUUAAGCAACUACGCAAUCGCGACAGAUUUGAAUAAGAGAAAACAGUAAAACAAUGAGAGAAAGAAGAAAAUACCAUUCAUCAGAUUCUGACUAAUUUAGGUUUGUUUAUUCGUUUGCAAUUCUUCUGUUUAGUUUUUGCCUGAACUCAUCGCACUUUCACGACUCCGAAAUACUUAUCACCCCACUCAUGUAAGCUGAUGUUUGACGUGUUUGGUUGCCUCCCAAAAUUCAACUAGCUUGAGCCAACGAAAACGCAUUGUGUGUAGCUUGUUACCUCCUUACCAAGCGUAGUAUUUCAGGCCGUGCAGUUAGUGUGGCUUAUGGCAACAAAAAACAAAUCGCUUUUGCUCGAAGCUACUAGGGCAGGAAGAAAAAAUUAUUACCGAAGUCGAAAAAAAAAUAAACGAACUGCAAAAACAGCGAUAAAACAAUGUGGUGAUGGCUAAUCCUUUUUUAUGAUUAUAAUGAUUAUGAUUUUCUUUUUCUCAGAACGUAAAUAAAGUGAAAAAUGUUUCAAAUAA